GCCCAGCCGGAGUCUCCCGGGCUGGUCUUGCUCUGCAACCUUUCCUUUCGCUUUUGGCCGCCCGGGGGGAUUGGUUGGCCGGCCACGCGGGCCCAGCCCCCCUUCUCUGCUCCGCCCCUCGGCACCUCCCUCCUCCCUCCCUCGCUCUCCUGGCUGGCCCUGAGCUUCGGGACUUAGCUGAGCCGCUGCUACCACCAGAGCACAGCCCGAAGGAGGAACGCCCUAAAGAGGAGGGGAGGGAGGAGAGAGAAAGAGAGAGAGAGGGAGACAGAGGGAGAGACCGAGAGGAGACGAGAGGAGAGGCGAGCCAGCUAGCCAGCCAGCCAGCCAGCCCGGCGGCCGGAGGCGGAGAGGAGAGGGAGAGAGGGAACGCGAGAGGGGGACUGGGAGCGAAAGCAAGCCAAGGACACGGAGAGGGGCGCGCUCACUUCUCCGCCAAGUGCCAACUUUCCCUGGAGAGAGCGUGCAGGGGCGCGGACCUUCCUCUGGGGAGAAAGCCAGCCCAACUUGAGAUCGGAGAGAAACGGCUUCUCUCCCUUUCCUUCCCCCUUGAGUGUGAUCCCCUCCCCCCAAUAAAGAGGGGGGGAAACUCACCCUCUUUACAACCCAAUCUGUCCCUACUCCCGGGCACCAUGAAGGCGGCCGUCGAUCUCAAACCGACUCUCACCAUCAUCAAGACAGAGAAAGUGGACCUGGAGCUUCUCCCUUCCCCCGAUAUGGAAUGUGCAGAUGUUCCCCUCUUAACUCCAAGCAGUAAAGAAAUGAUGUCACAGGCACUGAAAGCCACUUUCAGUGGUUUUACUAAAGAGCAGCAACGGCUGGGAAUUCCCAAAGAUCCUCGACAAUGGACAGAAACCCAUGUUCGAGACUGGGUGAUGUGGGCAGUGAAUGAGUUCAGCCUAAAAGGUGUGAACUUUCAGAAGUUCUGCAUGAGUGGAGCUGCCCUUUGUGCACUGGGCAAAGACUGCUUCUUGGAACUGGCCCCUGAUUUUGUUGGGGACAUCUUAUGGGAGCAUCUAGAGAUCCUACAGAAAGAGGACAUGAAGCCAUAUCAAGUUAGUGGAGUCAACUCUGCCUAUCCAGAGACACGCUAUACCUCGGAUUACUUCAUUAGUUAUGGUAUUGAGCAUGCUCAGUGUGUUCCUCCAUCAGAGUUCUCAGAACCCAGCUUCAUCACUGAGUCCUACCAGACACUGCACCCUAUCAGCUCUGAAGAGCUCCUCUCCCUCAAAUAUGAGAAUGAUUACUCCUCAGUCAUCCUCAGCAGGGACCCUCUCCAGGCAGACACCUUGUCUACUGACUAUUUCACAAUCAAACAAGAAGUUGUAACCCCAGACAACAUGUGUAUGGGGAGGACCAGUCGUGGUAAACUUGGAGGCCAGGACUCCUUUGAGAGCAUAGAGAGUUAUGACAGCUGCGACCGCCUCACCCAGUCCUGGAGCAGUCAGUCGUCCUUCAGCAGCCUCCAGCGUGUCCCCUCCUAUGACAGCUUCGAUUCAGAGGACUAUCCUGCUGCCCUGCCCAACCACAAACCCAAGGGCACCUUCAAGGACUAUGUGCGUGAUCGUGCCGAGCUCAACAAGGAUAAGCCCGUCAUUCCUGCUGCUGCUCUGGCAGGCUACACAGGCAGUGGACCAAUCCAGCUGUGGCAGUUUCUUCUGGAGUUACUCACAGAUAAAUCCUGUCAGUCAUUUAUUAGCUGGACAGGAGAUGGCUGGGAAUUCAAGCUCUCUGACCCAGAUGAGGUGGCCAGGAGAUGGGGCAAAAGGAAAAACAAGCCUAAGAUGAACUACGAAAAGCUGAGCCGUGGCCUACGUUACUACUAUGACAAAAACAUCAUUCACAAGACGGCGGGUAAACGCUACGUUUAUCGCUUUGUCUGUGACCUGCAGAGCCUGUUGGGGUACACACCUGAAGAACUCCAUGCCAUGUUAGAUGUCAAACCUGAUGCAGAUGAGUGACAGAAAUGGAAGGAAACAGGGAGAACUUUGCUGAAGCAUUUCAAAGAUCAACUGCAUCAGUCGGACUCUUGAUUUUAAAUUGUCGUUCUGUUUUUUUGUUUUUGUUUUUUAUUAUUAUUAUUUUCCAGAAGGAGAAACUCAGUUUUUACAUUCAGGGGUGGGAAGCUGAGCCGAAGCUCGUUGGUGUGACCACCAACGGAAAGCAAGGAAGGACUUCUGAACUAGGAAAUGACAGAUUUUUAAGGGGAAGUGGGGGGGGGGGGUCUUCAUAGAAACCAGAAGAACCUGGUUUAAAUGAGGAAGAGAGUCCAAUAUUAAAUCAUUUAUAAAAAAAAAACAUUCCUUGAAAAGAUGCCACUUUGUUAUGGCCUUAUUAAUAAGCAAAAGAAACUGACACUUCAGGAAAUCAAAAGACUGAUGAAAGGGUAAAAAAAAAAAAUUAAGGGCUGGGAGGGCAAAAAGGGUGGGAUAGAAGGUUCUGUUCUGGGGAUGGUCCUUGUAAAAACACAAGAAUUGUGGUCCCUUUUACUCUUUGCCUUUUACUCUGCUUUUGGAACAAAAAAUGGACUUCAGUGGGGAGGGGACCAAACUUUUUUGUGUUUAAAUUUUAUUUUAUUAAAUUUUGUGCCAGUAUUUUUUUUUCUUACAAAUCGUCUUAAGCUCUAAGGUGUUCUCAGUAUUGCCAUUCUAUGCGAGUUUGUUCUAUAUACCGGCUGAGAAUUCGGUCACAGUGAAAGAAAACUGUUUAUAUAGACCCCAUUGGAAAAGUGUAGUUUUUUUCAUGGAUGUUCAGGAGUCCAAAACUUAAGACUCGUAUGUGUAGGAAAAAUAAGGCUGUUUUGGGUAUCAGGGAUGGAAAAAUGUUCUUCGGUGCAUGUGAAUCUCACCCAUGAAUAUUUCUUAUCAUCACAUUCAUUUUCUCAUUUGCCAUUAGCAGACUCUUGGGGUUUGGACUUAAUGUAGAACUAAGAAAAUCGUUAAGUCUUUUAACUGAAUGUAUUUCACAGCUGUAACCUGGAACUGUAGUCAUUGUAGUAGCACUGGCCUAGUAGUAGAAAAGAAAGUGAGAAGGGAAGGAUGGAUUUUGGAGAUGGUUCUCUGUUAGUUCUCAAUGAUGUAUGUAGAUUCAAAGAAAUUGAAGAUGUAUGCAUGUGAAAUAGCUAUGGGAUCUAGAGAAAUGAGUUCUAAGUGCAUUGAGGUCCUAGCCAUUCACCUAAGCACCCCCAACCCCUAUUUCCCCCUUGCUGGGAUCAUCACACACAAUUCUUCUGUUAUCUCCAUUCUCUUCCUCCUCCUCUAUCCCCCCAUUUCUCAGUAAGGAGAAAUUCGUAAUUUACUGGAUGAUGUAUGAAAGGAAGCCACAGGAGAGAGGGCAAGAUCUGGAAAUUUUCUAAUUAAGCCAUUUUGGCUGGUUGAGUUUUAACCAGGAGGGGAGUUACAGGAAUUUAGAUAGCAGUGCAUAGGAAAAAGCUUGGUGUAGAAUUCCACAGGGGAAAAAGCAUGAGGUUUUCCUCUAAAGAACUGAAGUCAGCUGAGACUAGGGAUGUUAACACAUAGUCAGUGUGUGCCUUCUUAGGGCCUGGUUCUUGGAUGUGUUGUCUUGUUAUAGGAGAAGUAAGGAUGGAUAGAUGGUGUAGAGGAAAGGAAAGGUUUGCAGAUAAAGGAAGCAUGAUGGAAGGGGACUGGAUUUAGUGAGAAAAGGUAGUUUGUGUGUUGUGAGAGCACCCUCCCCCUCCCCACCAGACCCCAAGAGUUCAGUGCUUUUCAUUCCUUUCUUACCUAGGCAUGGCACUUGAGAACCAUUGUCUCAAUCUUGGGUGAAAUGUGGUGUUGGGGGAAAAUAAGCAGCUAGUGAGAAAAAAAGUGCCUGAUGUUGAUAUAAGUACCUUGAUGGAUACCUGAUAAAAGAGAUGAUGAUGGAGAAAAUGAAAGGAGGACUUGAAUUUAGCUUGCAGUAUGAGAAUGGGGGAAAAAAUUUUUUUUUUUUUAAGAUGGGUUACUUCCAGGCCAGCCCUUCCUAGACUCUCAAUGAGAAAUUGGAUACUCAAACUACCUUGUGGUAUAUAUCCUAAGAGAGAGAAGACUUCCUCUUAGGUCAACUCCCAAUGCCUGGAUCAUCAAAAGAGGGGCUUUGUGAUUGAUCCAUGACUGUCCUAAGCUUGCUAAUGUGGAGACAGGAAGUGGGGACAAAGUAGUUAUGUCAGGCCAUUAUGCAUUUUGCCUGUUGUGCCAGGUGCCUUAAAAAAAGCUCCCAUUGUGAUUUUUGGGGCUGCUCAGGGAGGUCUUUGGUGGAACAAGUUGGACUAUGUUGCUUUUCCCCACUUUUUAUUGUCUUGUCGGUCACUGGCAAAGCUGUGUGUGUGUGUGUGUGUGUGUGUGUGUGUGUGUGUGUGUGUGUGUGUGUGUGUGUGUGUACUUGCAUGUGUUGCAAAACUUUGAAAUAAUGUCUGAGUUUCCCAGUUCAGUCUUUUCCUAUUUCAAUAGUGGGGGAAAGAAGAAUCUGUGGCUUACCAAUAGCUCUUUGCUUGCUUUUUGCAACCUGGCAUAAAAUCAUGUAUUCAUCUCAUUGCCCUUUUCCUUUUGAAUUUAGGCUGAAAAUACCUGCUUUUCAAACAAUUGCAUAAUUCCUACAGUUGUUUAGUAAACGUAAGAGAUGCUGAAACACCUAGUAGUUCCUAGACUUUAUAAACCUUGCUUUUCAUGAGGGCUAUUUCACCCCCAGUCCGAACCCCUCCUUAGUCCCACCAUGCUCAGUAUUUGCAGCUUCUGCUUUCACCUAGAAAAUUGUGUUGGCCUAGCCAGAUUCUUGUUCUCCCUCUCUCUGUCCAAAAGACAGACCAUCGCAGAAUGAAUGGUGGAUGGUUUAUACACUGGAAAUGUACCUGAAUUGUUACCUUUUUUGCUUUUCUUUAGUUAAAACAAAACACGUUAACUCUAGAGGAGGGAUGGGCAAUUCUGGUUCAGCUUGAUGUCACCCUGACUUUUAUGGAGAUGUCUAAUGUACUGUCAGUGGAUUUUGGCUUCAGAUUCUCAACUAGCCCUUUUCAACUAUUCCCUCUCCUCUCCAGGAGAAGGAUAACCCUCUAUUUAGCCCAGUUCCAUGGCUAAAAGGGCUGGAAGGAGCAUCCAAAGGUUGGGGCCUUCUCUGAACAGGACCGCUGGAUGUCCCCCAGUGUUGCCUGUCCUUACUUUGGCGUUGAACACUCUGGGUUUUUGUAGCAUUAAACGUACCUUUUCUUCAUGGUGGAAAAACACACCAUCUCUACUCUGGUCAUGCUGUGCAUGCUUUCUCUGUUGGGGUCUAUAUAAAUCCGUUGAACUAUUGCCUACAUUCCAAAGAUGUUUCAAGGAACAAUAAAUAUAUGUAUACAUAUACAUAUAUAAUAUAAAAUAUAUAUUGUAAUGGGAAUAUCUCCACCAAGAAUACUGCCUCAGUUAUUGAACAUUGUUUUUUUACAUAAGAAUUUUUUUAAGCUGAGAAGUGUUGGGGGGAAAAUGUUAUAUUGUGUUUGACUA